AUGUCUCUUCCUCUGCACGGGAGCAUCCCAAGCCAGCUUCCUCGCGGUCUUCAGCGCAGGCUCAUCAUUGUUGACUUGCCUCAGAGUAUGCAGUUCAAGGAGACCGAACGAUCCUGCUAUCCUGAUGAUCUUUUUCACGGAAUCGACCCGAAAAUUGUCCAUCGCGACUAUCGCAAAGCUGACCGUCCUCGAUUUGCCGUUCCUGGAUAUGCUGGGAAAGAACAUCACUUAGAUCGAACCAGGAAUUGCGCAAUCGAAAUCGCGAAUGCUUCAGAUUCUACAUGCCGUGGAUACGGCAGUCUAACCACGCAUGCUGGAGACUUUGUAAGCCAAUCCUACAUGACUGAAAGUCAGUAUCCAUCUAUCCAGAUAUCCAUUAAUCGCGACGUCGAUGCAAAUGGCCAAGUACUACGGAAGCUGUAUGGUCGAAAAUCAAAACAUAAUGUGGAUGAUUCACGACCACGUCAAGUUCACUUCCGCAUCUUUGCAUCGCAGCUAGCCGAAUUUGGCGGCACAGCUGCUAUCUCAAUCAACGAAGGACAUACAGGGAAAGAAGAGAUGCUCCGAUGUAUCAGCGCGGACUCAGCGGAGAAUACCAGUCUCCGUAUGGAAGUUGUCGAUAUAGCUUCAAGUGGCAGACUGUGGAUGACGCAGGUGGCGAUGGACCCUCACUACAAACCCACAGCACGUCAUAACUGGUUGGGUAUUGAGCAGGAGGAGCUUGACGGUCUGGUCGAUAAGUUCAACAAGGACCCAACACAGCUCUCAUGCCCUGACCAUCUCAUCGCCGAACUCGCAAAGGGUGUAGCUUCGAUCCGUCUUUACACGUUCAUGCUAGCUCCUGCCAGACUCUUCACGUACGGUAUGGUGUGGUACAAGCUACGCGAUCAUAUGUAUGCAAUCUGCCAAAUGGCCAAGAUGGUCGGCAACUGUUGGUUUUACCGAAUGCUUUCACCUGGCCCUUCUGGAGACCUACGCAAUAGGAUGCUCUCAGCGCCAUGGCCUCGUUGGAUUACAGUACAAUGGAGUGUAGACAUGGUAAAUGGGCAGCCUGUUAACCCGCAGCCGUGGCGUCGUGCACCAUUUGGCAUGUCGAGCAUCUGGCCUGAUCUCGAGACGCAGACGGUUAUGGGAAUAGUGUUCGAGAAAGGCAUGACUGCUGCACAACCCGUACUGUAUGACCCGCGCGAAAACGGUAUGGUUGUCGCAAGAAACAACCAAGUCAUUAUGUCAGACAAACACUCAUCCGCAACCCAAGCCUCUAAUUCGUCGAGCUUGAAGCAGCCGGAGGCGAAGCAGCCAGAAUCGAAGGAGUCAGAGUCUAAGCAGCCAGAGUCGAAGAAGCCAGAUUCUAAGCAGCCGGUCUGGGAGCAGGAACCACUAACCGUCCGGGAAGAACGCGAACUUUCGAUAAAGGAAUACCAGCGGGAGAAGAAAGAAGAAAAGAGAGAACAGAAGGAGAUAGAUCAACUUCGUGGUGACUGGAAAUAG